ACAUGUUUCAUGUACUGAUAUCAUUACUUUUUAAUUUUAUGUCAAAGGUGUUCAUAUAUAUGAUAUGCUAUCCGGGAGCAUUUAACAUGAGCACUGGUGAACUGUUGUGGGAGCUGGAACAGAGAUCACCAGCCCGGGCUUCAAGUUGUUCUUAUAUGAUAUGGGGCCAUUCUACACUUGUUGGACCGUCGGGUGAGAUAAUUGCAACAUCAGGGGAUCAAGAGACUGUUGUGGUUGGUGAGAUUGAUUACUCCAAAAUACAACAACAAAGAAAGAGCCUCCCACUUAACGAGCAAAAACGAAGAGAGAUAUACCAGUUUGUUGACGUACAUGAACAAGAACAAGAAACUGAUUAAUGACAACAUCUUCACAUAUUUGCGUA